AUGUCAACUCAAUCGAGGCCUAUACUUUCUGUCUUAACAGAAGAUUUACUCAUUCAUGUCAAUGAGAAACUCGUCCAAGACUCAGAUCGCAAGACAUGGAGGCUAAUUUGCAAAGAAUUCCAUCGAGUUGACUCAAUCACACGCAAAACUCUACGUGUCCUUCAUGUUGAGUUCUUACUAACUCUCCUCAAGAACUACACCAAUCUCCACACUCUAGACUUCUCGGUCUGUCCACGUAUCGAGGAUGGGACCAUAUCAUUGUUACUACAUCAUGUGGAUCACUCGAUGUGGGCAAGGAACUUGAAGUGUUUGAACUUGAGUAGGGCUAAUGGGCUGAAGUUUGCGGGAUUGGAUAUGUUGGUUCGUGCUUGUAAGGGUUUGGAGAGUGUUGAUGUGUCGUACUGUUGUGGGUUUGGUGAUAUGGAGGCAGCAGCGAUAUCGGGUUGUGGAGGGUUGAAGGAGUUGAGGAUGGAUAAGUGUUUAGGAGUUAGUGAUGUUGGGUUGGCUAAGAUUGUUGUUGGAUGUGGAAGAUUAGAGAGGUUGAGUUUGAAGUGGUGUAUGGAGAUAAGUGAUCUUGGUGUUGAGCUUUUGUGUAAGAAGUGCUUGGAGUUGAAGUUUCUUGAUGUGUCUUAUCUCAAGGUGACAAGUGAAUCGCUGCGUUACAUUGCUUCUUUGCCAAAGCUGGAGGAUUUGGCUAUGGUGGGAUGCCCCUUGUUGAAUGAUGUUGGAUUGCAGUUUCUUGAAAAUGGAUGCCCUUUACUACAGAAAAUUGAUGUUUCAAGGUGUGAUUGUGUCACUUCAUCUGGGUUAAGUUCCUUAAUUAGAGGACAUAGUGGUCUUCUGCAGAUUGAUGCAGGUCACUGUUUUUUGGAAGUUUCCCCAAGCUUUGUCGUGUUCAUGCAGGAAUUGAAGAAUCUGAACGCCAUUAUAAUUGAUGGGGCUCGAGUUUCUGACACUAUUUUCCAGACAAUCAGCAGUAAUUGCAAGUCUUUAAUGGAAAUUGGGUUGAGCAAAUGCACAGGGGUCACCAAUAUGGGAAUUAUGAAGCUGGUCUCUGGCUGUGUCAAUUUGAAGAUCAUCAAUUUAACAUGCUGCCGUUCCAUAACCGAUGCUGCAAUUUCUGCUAUAGCAGACUCUUGUAGGAACCUUCUGUGCCUGAAAUUAGAGUCAUGUAAUAUGAUCACUGAGAAGAGUCUUGAACAGCUUGGAUCACAUUGCGUGCUACUUGAAGAGCUUGAUCUUACAGACUGUGGUGGCAUAAAUGACAAAGGGCUUGAACUCCUUUCUAGAUGUUCCAGACUUCUGCGUUUGAAAUUUGGACUCUGCACAAACAUAUCCGACAAAGGACUCUUCUUUAUUGCUUCUAAUUGUUCAGAGCUCCAUGAACUUGAUCUAUACCGGUAA